AUGGAACUUCCACCGCGCAGGGCCAAGCGCGUGCGCUCGAUCGAACCCGAAUCCGACGACGAGAGUUCGAAAGUCGUCAUCGUCGGGCCGCCGUCGGAACUCGAGCGCACGAAGAAGAGACUGGAAGCCACGAGAGCGGAGCUGGCGAGGACAAAGGCGACGCUCAAGACGACGGAGGCGACGCUCCAGACGACGGAGGCGACGCUCGCUCUAAAGACGAAGGUGGUGGACUCGUUCCUUCGACCUCAGCCCGUCGCGUUCGAGGUCGACGGCAACGUCGCGUGCGUCCUGAUGUCGCACGUGUCGGACGUCAAGACCCGGCUCGCGCUCGCGCAGGUUGGGAAAGUGUGGCGCCGCGCGUCGAAGGAAGUGGCGUCGCUGCCCGCGUCUCUCGACUUCAGCCGCUGCCGUGGCUCGAAGUGCACUAAAGAGGCGAAGGUUGAUCACGUGCAUCACGUGCUACGCAUCAAUGGUCUGGACAAGCUCACCGAGGCGCGUUUCAUGAGCCUUCUGCGUGUCGACGCGGGCUCCAACGAUACAUACCGGGUUUUACUCGGACGGCACCAUCACAAAGCGGGGCGGUACAAAGAGGCGUUCAAGUGCUAUGAAAGCGCUCUCGCCGCAGGCGAUCACAGAGCCGAAUACAGGCUCGGUGGAUGCUACCGCUAUGGUCGUGGCGUUAGUAAGAACGUGGUCAUGGCUGUGAAGCUCUUCGAAAAAGGAGAUGCUAAAGGUAGUUCCUGUUGCCAAUACGAACUCGGCAGGUUAUACGAACUCGGCGAAAGCGUCACGAAAGAUAUGUUCAAGGCGGUCGAGUACUGGAAGAAGGCCGCGAGGAAGGAUUCAGCGCCUGCGAAGGAGAAGCUCGCGAGCCUCGGUCACCGAUUCUGA